AUGACUGCAACGGCUACUCGAACUUUUUCAAUUCCAAGACCAUCUGAGGCCGACUUUCGCCGACUUCAACAUACAAGGCAUGAAGAAAUUGCCCGAGCUUUGGACAUGAAUACUGACGAUUUCAUGGAGUUCAAGAAACAAGUUCGCGAAAAGAUGUAUGCAUCGCUCAAUCACUCGAAGAAAUUUGAUGAACAAGAUCCUUCAGCGUGGCGAAGAUUUGUGCAAUGGGCUUAUGAGGCCAUGCCCUCCCUGAUUUCGAAAUAUGAAGACGCUUGGCCGGUUGAGUUAUAUGUGAAAAUCAGCCUCAACAAGCGUAUUGCACAGGACCGCCACCAAUUCAGAAAGGCAGUGGCGAAGUAUAAACGGACGAUGGGAUUGAGGUCCUCUUCUUCUACAGGUGAAGCGGAGAUGUCACCAGCCGACCUGCCGCCACCCUACGACGAGGAAGAUCGAGCCAUAGGCGGCGAGACUCCUGGUGCAAGCAUGCAUCCGGACGCUGCUCCCGAAAACAUCGAGAAUUUUUUGAGAUCCUGUGACUUUGAUCUCGGGCAUCUCACAAGUGCUUUCGUCACCCGACGAGCAGGUCUUUUCAAUUUGGAAAGGCUGGAACUUCUCGCAUCGUGGCCUGCCGCCUUAAGACGCGACCACUUGGAGAGGCACUUUGGCACUAUGCUGGAUGAUGUUGAGAUAGAGGUUUUGAACAAGCGGUUUGUCGAGAUGAGCCAUGCACAAAUCUAA